GGGGGGGGGGGGUAAAAAUGUUAUGAUAUUAGAAAUAAUACUUGUAAUAAUGAGAAAUAUUUUUUUGAAGUGCAGUUUAAAGAGGGGCAUAAAAAAAUUCGAAAAAAUAAUAUGGCUUAGGAUGGUUCCAAAAUUAAGCAUAGAUCCAUUAAAUUUACUUUCAUUUUUAUUGUAAUAUCAUAGAAUUAUCAAUUUAAUAUGGGAAAAUGGGAUUUUGUACUUCUCGAAUGAGGCAAGUGUGUGUGAGCAAUAUUGCGUAAAGUCUAAAUUUACUUACGAUCGUCCGAUAAUUAUCUGAGCCGUUUCUACCAUAUAUAUUAAACCAAUCAACCCGUUUCAAAAGGUCACAUGCUUUUAAUAGCAGUUGCAUUUUUCGUGGAUUCUGCGUUUCUUUGACCUUUAAUUGAAUAAUUUUGCGUAAAUUUGUCCGAAAGAACAAGAAAAGCAUCAUUCGGACCUUGUGCAUCCUUUUGAAGAGACAAGAGACUGGAGAGGCACUUCUGCGGAUAUCGUCCCCAAUGUUCACGGCAGAUAUAUAUUCCGUGUUGCUUUUUUGUCCGUUAAAAACGAAUGCCUCUAUUCCCCAAUGAAAGGAACAAUGACAAUCUUUAACUUUAUGGAAAGUGUGCAAUCUUUUGCAAUUUGCCAAGACCUUGGACCGUGCAGCAUUUUAAUUCAUUGACAAGCAUCUUCCCUAUUGAUGUUGGAACUUCAUAUGGGGUACUUAAACUGAUGAGAAACCAUAGAAAUUAUACAUCUUAUUUAUAGACUCAUCAGAAUGGUGAUACCUUGGAGCAGAAUGAUGCAUUGUGGGUCAAUCUGCUCAGUCAAGGAUAUGGGAUUGUCUCAUUUUUCAUCUCCACUCAAAUUCUUCAUGCUACAAAGAACGGUCACCAAUACAAAAUUGCUGAUCAAAUGAUAUAUUGCACAAAUCUGUGAGACAACUGAGAGUUCUUGCUGAUGGCUAUCUAUUUCUUUAAACAUGUGUAGUACAUGAAUGUGUGCAGAAUAAGGAGCUACAUGUAUGCUGUAUUACGUAUAUCGCCCAUUUUAGCCCUGUAAUGCCACAUCAAUUCAUACAUGUCAUGUCUCAGACCUACAAGCCAUCAUUCCCACUGAACUCUUGGUCCUGUAGCCACACAGGAUGGUACAUGUAUGUAUCUGCACUUCAGAGCAUUUUGGAAUAUGAGGUAACUCUGAAUUUGUAACACAUACUGUACCUAUCAAAGGCUUAUCCAUCUUAUUUUGAAUGUGGCCAGCUACAUGUACAUGUAUGGCGACUUGCGUGCAAAAUUGAUCAGCCUCUGUCCCAUAUAGACUGAUAUGUAUAAAAAUUAACCCCGUUACGACUGGAACUCUUGAGCAAUAACUGCCUUGUUGGAUUUUACUUCGGAUCAUGGACACCUACUCCAAAGGAAACAUCUGUUCUGUCAUCACUGAAUCUGGUACAGGCAUGUGAAAACCAGAUUUUUCGUUUACUUUCGCGAUAGUUUUUAAUUUCGUAUUGCUUUGAAUGGCAAAUUCACAAAGUUAAUGUCCGUGCUCAUGUACUGUAUGUUUUCGUGAAAGCUCACACUUGCCUUCGAAACAAAGAUCUGACCGUGUUGAUUAGGGUAAUAAUUCAGUCGAUGUAAAACAGACGGCAGUAAGCGUAUUAUGUGAUUGGUUACAGCAGAAGAUGAGGCCUACCGUUGUGCUUAAUUCCGGAUAUGAUACGACGGGAGGUACACCUAUCAUUCGAUCUUCCGUAAUACAAAAUCUUCUUGUUUCAAGAACUGUAUCAGUUGUAAUGAAGACACUGUUGCAUUUCAGUUAUGAUAUUUUCACGUUUAAUGUUCGUUCCGUGUGCGUUUAUUCAUAUAUUGUCCGUUAAUGGGGUACUCGGUGGGAAUCGCGUUUCGGGAUACUCGGAUCCAUCAUUGCGAAUGUUCAGCCGGUGCUUAUGUUUCAUCGGGCCAAUGUGAAUGUCACAUAUAUCGGACUUCUGUGCUUAUCUGUUAGUCGUAGGACCAUAUCUUCAUUGCCUUGGAACAACACGUCAUCAUUGAGAGGAACCUCGACCUGGAUUCAGUCUGGUCAAUGUUGCUAGGAAGAUCGGCCAGCUCAGAGUUCAACAAGGUUCCACUUUUAUUGGGAUAUUGGAUUUUCAGUGUUCAGUUUUACUGGGCUAUGUAUGGAUGUACUCUUCUUACUGCUUCGUUUCGGACCAGCUUAAUCUCAAAUCCAGCUGUUUUUAUUUAUCUUUGAUAAUCUACCUAGUCAGGGAUUCAGCCUGUUCCAGAUUUCUCUUAUGAUCUGCUAUAUCAGGAAUUCAACUUUUCCAAGAUUUUGAUCAAGAAUUUCAUCUUUACUAUGAAGUUAAUUUGUUAAAACUUUUCUGAAGAAGUUGUACUAACUCUAAUUUGAUCUUGAGGAAAUGUUCUAUGAAGAAAAGGAUGAACACUAUAACCUGACUAUACUGUGAUGGGACUGAUACUUUCUUGAUGCUUCAGCUUGGAAUACAGAUAAGAUUUCAAGUGGUUUGCCUGAAUAUCGGAAGCUGAGGAGGAAUAUCAUCUCCAAUUCUUGAACAUUUGCAUCAAACCUAGGAUUCACUGUGACAUACAAUGUGUCUUUCAUCAACUGGAACAUUGAUACGAGGCACUCUGAUCAGAUGAAUUUCAUUUGACAUUCAAACCUCGGAUUUCUUGUGACAUAACUGUCAUUGUUAUCAUGAACAUUGAUCUGUGGCUCUAGAGUAGCUAAAUUUCAUCAGAACUGUGAAUCUACAUUAUAGAUACGUAGUUAGAUUACAACAUAGCCAUUGCCAACCUGAACAUACAGUAUACUUUGGCGCUUGGAUCUGACCUCAGAACUUCACCAUUCGGAUACAUUGUGAGGUCCUCUGUAAUUAUUGACUUUGGAACUUGGAUCAUCUAAACUUCAUCAGAACUUCAAAACUCAGAUGCAUUGUGGGGAAACACUGUAGUUUACCUCUUUUGCACUUGGAUCUGCUAAAAUUCACCAGAACUUCACAUGUACAUGUGUGCACAGGCUAGUAUAAUUGUGAAAGUACCCUUUAUACUGUUGCUGACUUGAAGAUAGAUACUGUGGCACUUCGGAAGUGAACUGAUUUUCUUGAUGACAUCAAUUGUGACAACAUUCGUAAUCUUAACGUUGUACUUUAUCUUGAUAGCAUCAUCUCGUCUUGACCAGUGCUACAUGUAAUUGCAAUCCACAUUUCCUUUUAUUAAAGUUUUAAGAUCAGUAUUGAAAGAAUAAUGUUCUGAACUUUGGCUUUGCAGAUCAAUCUUCAUCUGCCUUGUUGAAGUUCAAUCUUUUUUUAUUCCCCUGUAUUUUAUGUUGUGACAACAGAAUACUUACUGUAUGCAAGACAAAGGUGAAUUUUUACAGUUAGCCUACACCCAAUCAACUCUGACACGGUAGAGUUUCAAGACAUUCUUUAAUGCGAAGGAAAGACAUUCUUUGACGCCAAAGAAAAUUGCCACAUUUGGAUACCGCCUGAUUAUCUGCACUUCCCAGUGAACAAAGUUCUCUGCACUCAGAUCUACUGACUCAGAACAGUACUUGACACCAGUUGUUCAUCACGUUCCUGGCAUCUUUCAGUCAUAUUUCUGUCUUCUCUAAGGAAGGCAUCAGCUGUCACUAUGGCUACCACUGGAGAUGACUGCUACUUCUUCUACUACUCUACCUGUACAAAGGGUCCGUCCUGCCCUUAUCGGCAUGUUGAGGCCGCCAGAGGAAAUGAAGUAACUUGUAUCAACUGGAAGCAAGGCUACUGCUUCCGACCAAACUGUGCCUUCAGACACAUGGAGAUAACGAAGAAUCGUUCUGAGAUAGUGUGUUUCUGGGAGAGUCAACCAUUGGGAUGUCAGAAACCCCACUGUCCUUUUAAACAUGUCAACCAAACAACGUCAGAAUCGGUACCAACGUCUUCGACAUCACUCAUCAAUAAAAUACCUACCAUUGUGGGCCCAGUGACCAAGCCCCUCCCACCAGCGGUCAGUCCAGCCACCCCUGUGGCUACAAUGGUAGCUCCUAGUGUCCAGACCCCACCCACACUCUCAGUAGAUGACCUUCAAGGCCUACCAACGGUCAAUCCAGUAGUCGUCCAUCCCAUGGACAGCGAAGAUGAUGAAAGCCUUGGUACGAUGAGCACAGAUGGGAGUCCUGGUAAGAAGGUCAUCCUCUCCCCGAUCAGGCUGUCGUUAGGUCAGGCGAAGCUCUCGCAACAUCGUCAGACUACCAUCAGACCCACCAUCAAUGCAAGACCAGUUAUCAGUCAAGAGAAGCCUCAGUCUUUCGGUAUCAAGACGUUGGCUGAGAUCCGCCGAGAGAAGAACAUCGAGAGAGGUCAUGUGGGAGAAGAAGAAAAAGAAGAGGAGGGAGAUCAAGAGAUGGAAGAGGAGGAAGAUAUAGAAGAAGAAAUGUUUCCACCUUUGUCAAGGAGAAUCAUUGCAGUCAGUAAAAGCAGUUCUCGUAAAUUCAAGGUAGAGGAGGAUGCGGUCAAACCAAAAGUUACAACUGUGUCUCAGCAUGCGGGAAAGCUUGGAGUGAAGAGUCGAGCCCAAUUACGUGAAGAACGUUUUAAGAGGCUGGGAAGCAGUCCAGAGCAAGAGGAAGGAGGAGCAAAGAACCUCGCUAAACGUCUCAAGGUUGUGCAAAAUGUUCCUGAUGCAGAGAAGGAACCGCUUGAGGAUGUCUCGAAGAAAGCCCUUGUACGGAGAGUAAUGGUUGGUGGUGGUGGUGGUGGUAUAGGAGAGAGAAAACCAGCUAAAGAUUCAGAGAGUUCGGGGCUGGACUCUAUCAAGAUAAAGACUGUCGCAGAGAUCAAAGCAGAACGAUUAAAAGAUCGGCUGGGAAAGCGAGUUGAAAGCAACGACCCGUCUGAGGAUAAGGUGUCCUUGUCUGUUGGCCCUAGAGGGCGUCUUUCAGCCAGAUUGGGACAGAUCGUCAGGACUGUUCCAGAAGACAAUGACUCUAAGUCUGUUGUCCAGGAAUCUUUAGCUUUAAAGAAGUCAUCUUUAGCAUCACGUCUAGGUAAGGACAAAGACUCCAAUUCUGUCAUUCAGGAACCUUCAGUUGUAAAGAGAACUUCUGUAGCAAUGCGUCUUGGUAAGGACAAAGACUCCAAGACUGCCAUCCAGGGAUCCUCAGCUGUACAGAGGACAUCUCUAGCAAUGCGUCUUGGUAAGGACAAAGACUCCAAGACUGCCAUCCAGGGAUCCUCAGCUGUACAGAGGACAUCUCUAGCAAUGCGUCUUGGUAAGGACAAAGACUCCAAGACUGCCAUCCAAGAAUCCUCAGCUGUACAGAGGACAUCUCUAGCAAUGCGUCUUGGUAAGGUCAUUGAUGCUGUCGAAGCCGAUGCUGCGGGGGACAGACCUGAUAAACCUUCUGUGAGGAGAGGAAACCUGGCUGCACGGUUAGGAAAACCAUCCUCUGAAGUGGGUAAAGGGGAUAAUCCCAGCAUUGGGAUUAAAGUUAAGAGCUUAGCUGAGAUCAAGAGGGACAAACUCUUGAGGAGGCUUGGGAAGCCUCUCCCUGACUCUGAUGGUGAAGGUGGGAUGUCGGACAAGGAAAAAGAAUCAUCACAAGAGCAAGAAGAGUACUCUGAAGAAGAAGAUGAUGAGGGAGAGGAGGAGGAUGAAAAGGAGGAGAGUGAUGAAGAGAAAUCACCAGGGGAGAUCCGGAUCAAGACUCUGGCUGAGAUACGUCAGGAAAAACAAAGUCGCCUACCACUCUCGUCCAAGUCUAGUGAGGCUCCAGACAAAGAUCCUGUACGAGAGACUCAGAAGAAAGGAGCCCAGUCUGCUAUUGAGAGGAGGAAUAAGAGGCGGGGAGAGAUUGCCUUGUAUAAGCCACCAGGUGCUGCUCGAGGUUUGAAAGAGAACAAGGGGUCUCUCAUCGGUCAGCGGAGAGCUGCAACUGUAGACAUCAGUGAUGAUACUGAGAAGGUGAGUGAGAAGCCAGCGAUCAAGGUACGUCGUUUGAAUCUUACCAAGUCUGUAGAGAACGCCAACAAAGGAACAGACUCUAUCCUUACUGUCAUCAAACAGAAGAAAGAUAUCAUCAAAGGUGAUGCUCCGGUGAUAAAAAUUAAGAGUCUAGCCGAGAUCAGAGCUGAGAAGCAACGUCUCAGUCAAAAGGUGGAAGCAGCGUCGAGUGGAGAGAGCGAGGGUUCAGGAGGCGAAGAGGAUGCCCAGGAGGAGGGGGAGGAGACGAAGAAAGAGGAGGAGAAACGAUGGGAGAAGAGGUCAAAGAUCUGGAGCCGCUCCCCUGUGAAAGCCAAAACAGAGGAGGAGCCAAUGAAAGGAAAGACAUCAACAAGAGAAACUGGAGAAGAGAAGAGCCUCGACGAAAUCCGAAGAGAACGGCGAGCACGGUUAUGGAACACGGCGACCUCGUCGGACGAUGCCCCCUCCAACCCAAUCAUCAGGAAGCCUGGUGGUCAGGUGCUCUCAGGCUCCGCCCCUGAGAUCAAAAUCAAGACCCUGGCCGAGAUCAGGAGAGAGAAACAACAACUCAGGGAACAGCAGCUGCAGCAGCAGACUGGUAGCCAGAUCUCACAGGUUACCACACAGGAUAGCCUGAGAACUGAUAGUUCACCAGUCAGGGAGCCAGAGACUGAUGACAUUUCUGCAGCUACAAGUACUACAGGAGUGGAUGGGGAUGCUGACUCAAGAAGGGAGUCAGCACCAGUCAGCCUGGCUGGAGGCACAUCAGUGAAUAAUCCAGGUACUAAACUAACACGAAAGCCAGUUCAGAGAAAAAGAGGUAGACCGGUGUCUAUCACAUCUCAUGGAAAUGCCCAGUCUACCCCAAGCAGUUCAACACCUUAUGUACAGUCCGUCCAAUUUGAAACCCAGCCUGAACCUUCAUCGCCACCACAAGCCUCAUCGGCCGUCACGACCACAACAAUAGAGGCCAGCAGACCUGCUGCUACCUUCAAAGAGCCUGAAGUUAGCCGACCGAUUCCCGAAGAGAGCAGGGUGAGCCAAGUAGUGCCUGAAGUUAGCAGCCGAGAAGAAGUCUACAUUCCAGAGGUUACGGCAGAGGUAGAGCCUGAUACCACGUCUACAAUAUCGCCAGCUAUAGUGCAAACAGAAGCAGUGGUAACUGAAGCCAAACCAUCCAUUGCACGUCUCUCCAGCGUUACUGAUGAUGACCUCCAUCGUUUCCUCCAGGAGAACGACGAUGAUGACCUAGAUACCGUUCCAGCAGUCACCGUAGCAGCCCAUGAAGAAGACGACGAUCUUUUGAACGAGCUCGACGACUUCCUGAAUAGUUGAUGAUCGUCCGGCACUAGAUAUUAUAUUUCGUAUCUGUUUUUGUAUAAUGUAGGAUUCUACUAAGUAUGUUUGUGUGUUCACAAUUUAAAGUCUGAAAGUUCAAAGUGCUCUUCAUGAUUCGCUAAUUAAGUCAGGGUUACACAAAAGGGUUGAUAAGUCAUAACCUUGCAAGGGGCAAUCAGAUUUGCAGGUUCAUUUGCAUUUUGUUCAACUUGCCUAUACUUGACAAAUUAGAAUCUCUGUUUGAAAUUUGCAAUAAACUGCAAGUCUGUGUGUAAAGAGGCCCUGGCCACUAGUAAAAGAAGAAUUUUUACUUUUCUCUUUUGAGUUCACUCAUUUCAAUAUCAAGGAACCAUAAUUGAAAUUUGAUAUAUGUUUGAGAACGCUGGAAUCCUCUGAAAGGGUAUAUUAUAUCAAUGAAUUUACAGCAUGAAAUGAUCUUGUUUUCUGAAGCCAUUGCAUCAUUAUCUUUUUCACAUUUCAUGCACAAAAUAUAAAAGCAAGACCACUUUGCCUUACAUGAAUUUUGAUUUGUGAUAUUUCUACAAUUUCAUAUUUUGAAGCAUGCUAAUUUACGAUUGUAUAUUUUCAAUCGUUAAUUAGUUGCCCAUUAAUCUGGUAUCUUCUGGAUUUAAUACACAAAUCAACAUUCAUUGUAGUUACCUUCAUCAAUUUUUCUGUUCAGUUGAGUUAGAGGGGAGAUCUCCGGUCCUUUCAGUAUUAGUUGCGUUUAUUAUUGAGAAUUCGUAGCUUCACAAGUUUCCAACUAUUUGUAUUUGAUUUGAUGUGCUAAAACUUUAGAGAUGCUUCUGCAAUUUUUGUUAUUGUGAAUUUUACACUUUUUUCACACUCAAGCUUUGGAUUGGUAAUCUUUGCAGCUGAAAAAAGAAAAAAAAAGUUUUGGGACUAUAUUUGGAAGAGAACCAACAUCCUAAAGUGUAAUUGUUCAUUUCUUCAGACUUCUAAGGAAAUAUUCUGUUUUCUCCACUAAGAGGGCAAUUCUAUGAAUUAAUCGAUCCCUUUAUACAUCCAAUCCCCAGUUUAUUCAAUUCUUUCUUCACUUCAUGAACUGAUUAUUCCAUGGUAAUUGAGAGCAUCUAAAAUUUCCAUGAGCUAAGCAAACAAAUAGUAAUUAUAGCUAAAAAAAUGAAAUAAGGGGCCGAUCCAUUUCAGGGAAAGUCCCGCAAACUGUGGGCAUGGUAUACAUACAGGUAACUCUGCCUCAGGUGGAUCCUUUGAGACCCAAAGAAAUCACAUGACUUGAAUCAUCUGGUCUAAAAAAAUUGUUUGUUCGACUUAGGGUGUUCUUCAUGAAAUUGUCUAAAAGCCAUUAUGGAAAUGACAAGUUGUGGUGGAAGUUCCAAGUGUUUGAUGGUCAUCACACUGUUUACUUUGGAAAAGGCUUGAAAGUGAUUAACAGUUGCUACUUCUCUUUUAAAGAUAAAUGCCAGUUGUGGUAAUGAUCUCAAAAUGACUUUUCACAGAAUCCAAUAUAAUGACCACCCAAGUGUCUGUUUGUAUGUAUAAAAAUAUGUGCCAAAGGAUUCUAGAAGAAAUUGUGUAAUUGCUGAGAAAUAAGCGUGGAUUCGGGCACUUCCGUCGGGUCUUUAUUCAACCAAUAAUAAUAUACACUGUCCCACAUGUGCCUAUCUGUGUUGGCAAUCUUCAGUGUGAUCGUUUUUAGCUUAGAUUUUAUUAUUUCACAAAGUUCAGUUUAUGUAACUGUACCAGAUCUAGAUUCACGAUGAUAUAGUAAUACUUAACCUUGGUUUUACAGACUUUCUCACGAAAUCAGUGUUUUACUGCAACCACUUUCAUUUAGUUUUAAUGUUUCAGUUUCAAGCAAUUAUUUCAGUGUCAUAAUGCUAAUACUCUACAUUUUUUUUGUCCAAAAUCCAAGUUCUGAUGGCCUUCAUGCAGUUUCCAUGGUGACACACUUGAAAAUCAUUUACAGACUCUACUUCUCUUUUAAAGCUUUCAAGUAAUUAUGCCAAUUUAAUAAAUGAUCAUAAUGUUUAACUAUUUUAUAGUGCUUAUCACGUUGGAAUAAUAAUAAUAAUCUGGUUAUUUUUAUGUGGCACUUUAGGGAUGUACUUUGUACAUUUAUCAGCGCUAAACAGAUUUAUUAUUACCCCUGAAAUCGGUCUCAAUCAGUCAUCCCCGCACACAACGUAUACACACUCUGUACUCCCUGGGGAGUAUUCCAGACACUCAUUGAGGCGCACACAAUACUGUGAAAUAGUGAGAGAAAACAAGGAAUACCCAGUAUCGUUGUGUAUUGUAUGGAAAUAUUUUAUAUUACAUAAUAGGCAUGUUUAGCCCCUCUUUAUAUACAUAUAUAUUUCUUUUCUUACAUCACUGGCACAGCGGUCGUUGAUGUUGAAUUGGAGAAUAAUACUUAACAUAGAAAACCCUUGCUAAAUAAGCCACACAGUUAUUGUAACAGCUUGUGUAUUACUUCACUACACAGUGUGUUGAAUUAUAAAGAUUAUUUGGUAUACAUUUAUCACCAUAAAAUGUAUCUUUGGGAAUGGCUAUGAAUGCCUGAAAAAAUAUAUUGCAUUGUUUAUUUUGAAAAUUGAAAAAUACAUGUUGAGGAAUCAAUGAUGGUAUAAUGGUAAUUGAAUUGUCUUUUUGCAUUAAUGUUUUACACUUGCACCCUUGGCUUAUGUUCAGUUAUUCUUGUUUUAAAGAAUGUGAUCUUUGUGGAUAACUGUUUGCCUUUGAGUAGCAUCGUAAAUAAAUGUAUUUUUUUCCAAUCGAAACAAUAU